AUGCUGCUCAAGACUUAUCCCUCGUUGAUCCGAGGACUCCAUAGAUCGCUACCGCGUUGUUCGAGGUCUUCGAACCCCGCAAUGCAGUUUCCAUGUCUCGAUAAAAUGGAAGAGAGAUCUGCUCAGCUAAAGAAGAACACGAUUUCAUGCUCUAGCACCGACUUGACGUCGUCUCCAAAUAACGAACCAGUGUACGGUAAGGUACGAUCUGGUUUUCAAAUCUUCAAAUCUAAUAGCCCGUUGUUCUUAGACUACGGCGGUGUUCUACCAAACUUUCAAAUAGCAUACGAAACCUGGGGUACUCUCAACUCAGAUAGGUCAAACGCUGUGCUUGUCCAUACCGGUUUGAGCGCAUCUUCUCAUGCCAAGUCUUCUGAAAGCAAUCUUCAGCCAGGCUGGUGGGAGAAAUUCAUCGGCCCUGGAAACCCUGUUUUGGAUACUGACAAAUUGUUCGUCAUUUGCACUAACAUCCUGGGAGGGUGCUAUGGUUCCACCGGGCCCUCAUCCCCUGACCCAGCAGAUGGCGCCCCGUAUGCCACUCGAUUCCCCAUGUUAAGUGUCCAGGAUAUAAUAAGAGGUCAACAAGAACUAGUUAAAGAGUGUUUGGGAAUUGAUAAACUAUAUGCCUCUGUAGGUUCUUCCAUGGGUGGAAUGCAGUCAUUGGCGUAUGCGCAGCAAUUCCCAGAGGCUGUUGAAAAGGUGGUAACAGUGUCUGCUUGUGCUAGAUCACAUCCAUCGAGCAUUGCUAUGAGGCAUGCCCAAAGGCAAGUCUUAAUGGCUGACCCUCAUUGGUCACGAGGGUUCUACUAUCCUACUGAGGCAGAACCCAACAAAAUCCUUCCUCACGUCGGUAUGAAGCUGGCUAGAGAAAUCGCGACUGUCACCUAUAGAUCAGGCCCUGAAUGGGAAUCUAGGUUUGGCACUGAGCGACUGGAUGACGAGAGAACACCGGUGCUGUGCCCAGACUUCUUAAUCGAAACCUAUCUCGACCACCAGGGAGAGAAGUUUUCUUUGGAAUAUGACCCAAAUUCCUUUCUGUACCUUUCAAAAACAAUGGAUUUAUUUGACUUAUCACAGAGCCACCAAGAGCGGAGCCAGCGGAGAAGGAAAGAGGCUUUUGAACAGCACAGACAUCAACAGGUCGGAAAUCUGACAGCUAGGCUUAGCGACGAGCCAUAUGAACCCGUCAAGAGAAGAAGAACCACUACCGUGGAGGAAGCUCGCGAGGAUCUCAGGGUCGGCAUGGAGUCAAUCCGCGGCAAAAAUGUGUUGGUAAUCGGCGUCAAAUCCGAUGGGUUGUUCCCUUAUUGGCAACAAAGGGAAAUAGUUGACUUAUUAGGUGGCGGGCCUGAAGUUGAGCACGUUGAGCUCGAUGAGUCCCAGUCUCUUUACGGACAUGACACGUUUUUAUUAGAUUUGGAACACGUUGGCGGAAGCAUUGGGAAAUUCCUCAUGAAAAGUUUCGAUUAA